GUUUGGUCGAGCCUACAUACGAGCUCAGCGUGCAGAAUUGGCCAUUAGCGGUUUUCGUGUAACAGGGAUAUAUCCCGUUAAUAGACACGUCCUUGAAGAGCAUGGCUUUAUUGACGAAGACCUUCCAGCAGUAUCCUUCUAAUGACCCAGCGCGCGAUAUAACGACACCAGUUGAUAAAAUUCCUGAUAACCCAAUACCUGAGCCAAGGGCUGUUGUACCUGAACCCGAUAACUGCUUACCCGAGACAAGGGUUGUUGCAAGUACGGAACCUCAAUCUGUAAAUGAACCAUUACCCCAGAGCGUUGAUGGCGCACGACCAGGAAUGUCAACACCGACUAUGAAUGAUUCAAUAGUUAGUGCCUCUACAUCAUUACAAAAGAAUACGCCAAAGAAACCGCCAAAGAAGACACAAAAGAAAAUGCAAAAAAAAACAGCCCAGAAGAAAAGAAAGAUCACAACAGAAAGAAAAUCAUCGUCUGAAAGUUCUGAUAAAAGUGAUUAUUCAGUCAAUGAUAGUACCGAUGAAAGUCCUGAUCGUUCCCAAAAUCAAAAUAGUAAAUGUUUGUAUUAUAAUGGGCUUUUUUUUUAAGACGUUCAUGGAGAGAAAUGAAUCCAAUGUGCAUCAUGCAGGGAGUGGGCUCAUGAAGAAUGUGCUGGCAUAGAAGAUAAGG